AUGACAACAUUGACAACUUAUAACCUACCUCAUCAUGUAUUAUCAAAGAUAAUUGGUUAUAGUGUAAAGAACUUCUUUGCUAUGACUAAAUGGAAGUUGUCAUUGUGUUUGGUGUGCAAGUUGUUUGCUAAACGUGUGUGGUCAUUGAUGACCAUGCUCGAUGGACGCUUGCUCACAAAGAGUGACUUUGGACAACACUUUACCAAUCCCUUCUUCCCAUACAAACAAGCAACAGGCCUCACUACAUCACUAGAGCAGUUGAACACGUUGUUUAACAUACAUGCUGAGCACGUUGUGUCAUUGCUCACACAAUUGACACGCGUUGACGGGCCAUCAUACACUACGUUGAUUGUCCCACUGCCCCAUCACGAGAGUAGGAUCAAGACGUUGUUUGGUGGCAUCAAAGACAAUCUGACCAAGUUGACACUGCGAACACCCACCGACAAGGCCGAGAGCCUGCCCACCCUGUUGGGAUACAUCAACAACAUCAAGUUUCAAAAUCUGUCCAUCAUCUCUAUCUACUUUCUCGACGAGAUUCAAGGACAUGACAAGAUCCUGACAUUGUUUGAUAACGCCAGUCCUACGCUCACCAAGUUGAGCUUCUUUUCAAACUUUAAUACAAGACAUAUGAACUUGGAGGUGACCGAGCAGGUCAAACAGACAACGACCAAGUUCUUUGAAAGUUUGUUUGGAAUCCUAUCAAGAGAGCAGAACCAUAUUCAAUCUAUUCAUUUCAGAGAACUAUACUUGGGCAAUUUGGUAUCAUUCUCUCGUGGACUAUCAACAUUGAAACAUCUCGAGAAAAUCAAGUUGAUCACAUUCUCAUACUACACACAGAUGGAAAUCGAUCACUUUAAUGCAUGCAUCAUCGACCUUGUCAAGUCCCGUGACCUCACCAGACUCACUCUGCCAUUCCCAGUGGGUGCAGAUCUUCUCUCGACACUCGUGGCCAAACCAAGUAUCAACCGACUAAGAAUGUCAGCGCUGGCCAUGUCCAAGUUGUCAGACACUCUACACACAUUUUUCUUGAGCUACAAUACCUUGCCAUCGGUGUUUACAUUAUUCCUUUCGAUGAAUUCAAUGUGCAACCUGGUCUCUCUCAAACUUAACCAACAUCAUCUCUACUUGACCUCGGACAACUUUGAUGCAUUCCUCUUGUUCCUUCGAACCAACAAGUCAUUGGCCAGUAUUUUCCUUGGUGACUAUGUAUUGUACCUCUCGGACCAGGAGAAGAAUUCAAUCAUACAAGUGAUUGUUGGAGAAACAAACAUUCAAUCAUUGCUUCUGUCAGUCGCCGACUCUGAUGACCCAAUGAUAGAAUUUUAUGAGACAGAGAUGGAUGUUGCACUCAAUAUCAAAACCUGUUCAAUCAAAGAGUACAAUGACCUUGUACAAGUAUUUGGUCAUGUGGCUGACUGUCCCCAAUCCAAAAUGGACAAUAUCUACUUUACAGUGACCGACCAAAAGUCAUUUGAACAAAUAAUGAUUGAUCGCAAGUUGGACUCUGGUGACUUUAUUGGACAAUAUCAUCAACAUUCAUGGACUUAUAAUUUCCACAGAAUUCAAUCAAUCAUAUCAAUUGAUGAUGAUUUA